AUGACAGCAGCAUCAGCUAGCAUGGAGUAGAUCUCGUGGACUGCUUAUCCGUGUAACUUUUCUUUGGUAAAAUGAAGGAAGCCCUAAUGUCGCUUAAGUAACAGUUAUAUCAUGCACUAAAGCCCACACUGCUUUGGACGUCUCAUAUAUUUUACAUUUCUGAGCGCAUAUUAAUGUCAUGGCGCUAAUUAUGCUAUUAGGCUAAUAACUGUGGAUAUUAACGUCCCCUGUUGAACCACCAUACCAAGCAUGGCAGACGACCCUCAGAGAAAUUUCCGCUCUGCAUAUUAUGAGAAAGUGGGCUUCAGAGGAGUAGAGGAGAAGAAAUCGCUGGAAAUACUGCUCAAAGAUAAUCCUCUAGAUCUAGAAAAGCUGAGCACCUUCAGUCAGAGGUUCCCCCUCCCCUCCAUGUACAGGAUCCAUGUGUGGAAGGUAUUGUUAGGUAUCCUUCCACCCCACAGCGACUCUCAUGCUCUGGUUGGAGGCUACAGAAAGGAGCAGUACCAGGAUAUCCUGGAGGCUCUUGAGGUGAUGAGAUACAUCAACCCCUCCACACCUUCCACCCACAUCUACCUUCGCAUGUUCCAAUUGGAGAGCCAGGUGCUCCCACGGUGCUCAGAGACCACCGCCCCGGAUGAGGAGAACGAGGACUUCCUGUCUAUCAGUCGAUCCAUGGAGGAGAUAGUAGACGAUCCUGUCGACUGCUAUUGGCUGAUCAAGUGUUUUGUGAAUCAGUACCACACAAAGUUUGGAGACUCAGUACCUCACCUCCCAAAGAGUCUGGAGCAUUAUCUGAGUCAGGAGGAACCUCGACUGUUGAACCACCUGAAGAACAGCGGAGCGCUCGUUCAGCUGCCAUACAGCCUCUGGUUUAGACGCUGCUUUGCCGGAUGUCUGCCUGAAUCCAGCCUGCAGAGGGUGUGGGACAAGGUGAUCAGCGGCUCCUGUAAGAUCUUAGUGUUUGUGGCUCUGGAGAUCCUGCUCAGCUAUAAGAUCAUGUUGAUGGGAAUCAGCCGGCCUGAAGGCAUUGUCAAGUUUCUGUGCAAUAUACCACAGGAGAACACAGACGCCAUCGUCGCUAAAGCCAUCGACUUGUGGCACAAGUAUUGCGGCACUCCAAUGCACGCUGUGUAGUCACACGGAGCUCUGCGGGGAUCUAAGUAGGGAUGAGUACUGAAGUCUGGUACCAAAGUGGCACCGGUGCCAACACGUCUGAUGCCUACUGGACUUAAUCAAAACAUGGAUUCAGUGCUGCGCCACUUUAUUGCACCCCCACCAGCCUAAAUGAAAGGUACAUAGUAUUUUGGACUUAGUAUUUCAUGUAGUCCUAAACUUGUUUUAGUUCUGCAGAGCUGGAAAGUCUGUAAUUCAUUUCGCUGCAGAGUAAUGUCCCUGCCCUGAUCGCUCGUGUCUUUAUCUUGUUACCUUUUUGAGUCGUCUCUGGUGCAGCUUCAGUGGAUGAAUACUGGUUGAGUCUUUGAUUCCAGAAGUCACAACUGUUUUUAGUAUGCGGUGCCCAACUGGGGGCAGGGGUGCAUGGCUGUGCAGGGGUUAUAAGGUACUAGGUUCACUUCCCGGACAGGGCCUUUCUGUGCGAAGUUUGUAUGCUCUCCUCGAACAUGCAUGGGUUUUCUCCAGGUACUCCAGCUUCCUCCCACCAACCAAAGACAUGCUCUUUGGUGAUUUCCCAGGAUGCACUAGGACUUACUCUUAACUCCACAGAGAGACUGACAAACCAUGGAGAUCUGUUUCUGCAUGAAUGAACUGAAAACUCAUCUGCAGUGACUUUUAAUAAAGCCACAGGAGUCAGGAGCUACUUUUCAUGUUGACAAUUCCCAGCCCUCACCCAAAGAAGAUAAACGAUGUGCAGAAAAGACUUGAAUGCAUGAAUGAACAGUAGAAACAAAGAAGCUGAUGAAUGUGAACGCACAAAACCUGUUUGAUAAAACUUAUUUUUUAAUAAGUUUCUUUCUUUAAGAAACCGCAUACAUCAUAGAAGACUCACAAUAAAUUAAUACUCACAUGCAGUUUUCUGCUUUACAAAAAACA